CUUGCUGAUUCUGGCGGGACAAGGCCUGGCGCCCAGCACCGGCUCCCAGCUUCCGGCCAGUUGUCGAAGCCCGAGCUGGGCAGCAGGAGGGAAACUGGCCAUCAUCUGCCCCUGAGCCUGCUAGCCCCUUCCCCUCUAAAAGGCUGGGAAGCAGGGGUCCAUGGAUAUCUUGCAGAGCCAGGGGGCCGACACCCAAGGCCCCAGACCCGCCAGCCUGAUGCCAGAAAUGGUGCUUUGGGAUCCACCUGAGGACUGGGGGCUUGGAACCACACUCAGCCUGGAGGAGCAGGUGCUCAGCUCCACUUUUGAAGCUUGUGACUCAGAAAAGAAAGGUGUGGUAGCUGUGGGUCAGGUUCUGGCGUACCUGGAAGCAGUCACAGGGCGGGGUCCCCAGGACGAUGACCUCUGCAGCCUGGCCCAAGCCCUGGACCCCCGCGGGGAGGGUCCUGCCGCCACUGUAGACCGGGCCACUUUCUUCAGCAGCAUGCGGGGCUGGAUCGCCACCUGCCAGCUGGGGCCGGGAUUAGAUCGAGAGGAGGAGGCAGCCGUGGAACCCAGCCUUCUGCCAUCUGGUGAGGACUCUAUUUAUAACCCUGCCCAACUGGAGAGCUUUGGAGGCGAGGAACCUGGGCCUGAGCCGCCAGCCACAGCUGAACUGCUCAGCAGCCUGGAGGAGCUGGAACUCAGCAAUCGGAGGCUAGCAAGUGAGAACGCCAAGCUACAGAGAAGUGUGGAGACAGCUGAUGAGGGGGCUGCCCGUAUGGGGGAGGAGCUGGCCUCCCUUCGAAAGCAGCUCCGCAGUUCCCAGCAGGCUUUGCAGUUUGCCAAGGCUGUGGAUGAGGAACUGGAAGAUAUGAAGAGUCUGGCCAAGAGCCUAGAGGAGAAGAAUCGCAGCCUUGUGGCCCAGGCCCGGCAGACGGAAAGAGAACAGCAGGAGCUGGUGGCCGAGGUAGAGACGCUGCAGGAGGAGAAUGGAAAGCUGCUGGCCGAGAGGGAUGGUGUAAAGAAGAGGAGUGAGGAGCUGGCUGUGGAGAAGGAGGCCUUGACGCGUCAGCUGUGUGAGUAUGAGAGCCUCCUUUGCCAUCGAGACACUAUCCUUUCUGAGCGGACAAACCGGACCGAGAAUCUGACUGAGGCCUUGGAGGAGUAUAGGGCCACAAUCCAGGAGCUGAAGCAGAAAAUCUGCCACCUGGAGGAACAGCUGAGUCAGAGCCGGGAGGGGCCUGAGGGGUUUCAAGAAGGGACCCAAGAACUAGCUGGCGGAUGGAUAAAGCUGCACCCCCAGUCACUGUGCUUGGAGAUGGAGGCCAUUCAGCAGAGACAGGAGAUGGGUACGGGCCUUCUCAACCCUCUGUGUGGUUCUCAGCCUUGGGGAGAGCCCCUGGACGGAAAGGGAGGAGCUGGGGUCCCAGGUAGACCCCUAGCUGAGGAGCUGAUAACUGUCCAAGAGAAGUCAAGUGAAUCCCUCAGCAGCUGGGAGGAGAGUUCCCGGUUACGUGGAGAGAAGGGCAGCUGCGGACAAUGGGACCAUCAGAGAGCUGGCGAGGAGGGAAGGCCCCGAGACGUGGCUGGACACCCAGUUACCCUUGGGACCCCCCAACCUGGAGACAGGCUAUGCCCUGAUGCCGAGAGCAGCCCUAGUGAGGCAGCCCCCCAUCAGGCCUUGGAGCCUGUAAUGAGCCAACUGGUUUCAGCUGGGAGGAGGACAAGCUGGGACCAGAUCUAUCCCACCCCCUUAGCUGCCCAGAGACUCAGGAUGCCCAGCCUUCCACUGACCCAGCCAUCCAUCCUGGGCCUCCUGUUACUGUUUCUGCUGCUCUUUGCCCUGGUCCUGUCCUUCUCUCGGCCUCUGACCUGGCCCCACCUCCAACUGAGUUACCGCCAGCCCCCACCAGUGUGAGCCCCCUGCACAGUUUCUAACCCAAUAAACUGCCUCCA